UUGUCUCUCUGAGCUCGCUGCCCAAUCACACCCACAUCUAAAAAACAGCAGCUUCACUCCUCUCACCAAAUUUAAUCCGACUUGAAUAGAAAUUUUAUUCAUCUUACCAGAUCUCAAUGGAGAAAUCAGAUAGACGAAGUGAAGAAGCAACUUACCUAUGGAUUCCUCUUCAGUGCCUUGACCAAACUCUCAAAGCUAUCUUGAGAUGCCUUGGUCUUUCUCAUCAAGAUUCUCCGUCGACGUCUCCGGGAACUUCAAACCAACCGGAGGAAGAAGAAGAGGAUGUCACCGAGAAAGAGGAGGUCGUUGUGACGUCUAGGGGCAUGAAACGCGGCGUUGAUGUGACAAGUAGAGCCAUGAAGAACAAAGCUAACAAAAAGGGGAAGGAAGAAGUCAGCUCAGGCCGUCGUGGCCAACACCAUUAGCACUUCAAUUACAUACUAUUGUUUAGCUCAAUUAUUAUUUAGCAAUAAUCAGUUUAAUUUUAAUAUCGUUGUCAUUGCACUAUUUACUUUUUAUUUUUGAUAUACUAGUAGUAUUAACAAUCUUGUUCUACCGACACACAACAACAAUUAAAGCUAGUUUCAUUUCGUUCUUCAAAGUCUUAUUGAUGAUU